ACAGUUUAGCUCAAGGGGCAGCAACCUUGUCCCUGCCUAAUCUCAGUAAUCCUGGGCUAUACAGUGCAGCAAUAAACAAAUACAAGGUCACCUAUACCUUCUGCAUCUCUCCACUGAUCGUCAGUCUGGUAAAGCAAGGUUACGAGCUGCCCACAUUACAACGCUGUGACACGACUGGGGGUAGCUGCAGCCCUGCAGUUAUCAGAGAAGCUAGAAUUACGCAUCCACACCUGAUCAUUAAUAGUAAGCUUUUCGGAAUGACUGAAGUCGGAUCAGUCAUAGGCGCUCCGCCGGAAAAGAAUCAGGAUAGCAACACGAGAGGAUGUCUUCUUGGAAAACCUCUAGCAAACACACAGAUCAAGGUGGUGGACGCAAUCACUAGGAAGCUGCUGCCCCCUGGUGUAGCGGGAGAGAUGUGCGUCCGUAAUCCAUAUAAAUUACUGCGCGGCUACAUCAACAACCCUGAGGCGACGGCACGCGCCAUUGACAGCGACGGUUGGCUGCACACGGGAGACCUCGUGCAGUACGAUGACGAUGGCUUCAUAUACUACAUAGAUAGACUAAAGGAUAUCAUCCGAAUUGCACCUGACAAAACUACGACGAUUCAGGUCUCGCCUUCAGAAAUGGAAAACAUCCUCAUGAGUCAUCCAGGAGUAGGAGACGUCGCUGUCACCGGCAUCCCAGAUCCUGACAACGAAGGAUACGAACUAAUCCGAGCUUUCGUCGUCCGUAAAGCGGACACAUUAUCUGCAGAAGAUCUUAUCGAGUUUGUGAAAGAGAAGACACCGAGAAAGUACGUCACAUUAACAGGAGGUGUUCGCUUCCUGAAAAACAUUCCGAAGAAUUUAACCGGUAAAAACAUGCGCAGCGAACUACAAGCUCAGGCUUACGAAUAA